UUUUAUUUUGUUAAAAAGGAGACGAAGGUUUCAGUCUCUGGCUAACUUCAACUUCUUCCCGCUUCCUUCCUCUUCUCGGCUUCGUCAAGAAAGAAAGGGCGAGCGACGGACUGCUGGAGCCAUGGGUCGUGCGAAGCUUCCGAUCAAGUAUCGAGAGCAAGUUCGCGCGCGCCGCUCAACUUACAUGACGAGAUGGAAAGGCUUGAAGAAGAAGACCGAAGAAAUCUCCCUCCUCUGCGGCGUUCCUGCUCUCGUCGCUGCACGUUCGCCGGAAUUCAACACCGUAGAAUUCUGGCCGGAGAAGGGCACGCCGGAAUUCCACCGGAUCAGGGAGCGAUACCUCUGCCUUCACAAGAAGAGGAAUAACAGCGAUGACAAGGGCGAUGAAGGAAGCGGCAACAGCGCAGAGCAAAUCCCGUGCCUUCCGAUGUCUUCUUCUUGCGUUUCCACGACGCUGUUCCAUGAGGAGAUGGUGGCCAUGGAAAUCAAACUGAAAGAGAUCAGAGAGAGGCUGCAGUUCCUCCAAGCCGAUUCCCAUUCUGAGAAUUUGGCACGUCAUUUUCCUUUUCCGGGCGAAGAAGAGCAGCAUCUUGCGUCGUACACCGUUUCCAUUCCUCUACAGCAAGAUCAUCUUUCCUAUGAUCAGCUUCCUCCAGAUUUUGCCACUUUCAAUAUGUUUUUGCAGCAAGAUGAGAAUUUGGCACGUCAUUUUCCUUUUCCGGGCGAGGAAGAGCAGCAUCUUGCGCCGUAUGCCGUUUCCACUCCUCUACAGCAUUAUCAUCUUUCCUAUGAUCAGCUUACUCCAGAUUUUGCCACUUCCAAUAUGUUUUUGCAGCAGAAUGAUCUUCCAAUGAUCAAUCUGGAAGAAAUUUCUCCACCGGCACCACCUCUUCCUCCAGCCGACCAAUAUGUUCCUCCAGCCGACCAAUAUUACCCAUGUGUUGAAUACAUCCUUCCAGAUCAUGCUGGUUUCGAUAUGAUUUUGCAGCAUGAUAUUCUAUAUCCUUUCGAGCAACCUGCUGCAUUUGUUGAACAACCCACUCCAUUUGAUGAAUCUCUCCAUCAUUUUGCUGAUUUUAGUACCGAUGAUCCGUCAGUUGGUUUUUAUAGGCACAGUUAUUGAACACAACUAUGAUCUUUCGCCAACCAAACCAGCCAACAA